CACAAAGGCUCUGGUGUUGCUUUGAAGGCUUGAAGAACAGGAUAUCCCUUGCCGCUUAUUUGUGAGGCGCACAAUCAUCCAACGGCCCAAGAAUAGGAAACGGUCCAAGUUCAGCACCGCAACAGCCAUUCGGAUCGACGAACGCCAACUGCCAAGUCGCCGACUCGCCGGCGCGGACCGCUCUACGCCUCUAUCACCUACUCCCGACGCUUGGCCACCCUGCGCCCCUGCCCCUCCUCACUUCAUCAGCCUUCUGGUGCGCCGAGCUCACUGCUUCAGGCUUCACGCCUUCACCGGAAUCACCGCUUCUGCGCCUCAGCAGUUCAGCCUUCAGACUCUCUUGUCCCAUCACUCAUGAAAAAGGUUAUUUGAGUCAUCAAGGAGAAUAUGCUGAAGCUUGUGUCUCAUGAGUUGUAUACACGUGCAAGGAACACAAUUAGGUCUUUUUUGAAUGCACAAAUAAGCGCUUCUGUUCACAGUGGUCAGACCCGUUGCUCGCCUAGAAGCUUUUUCGGUGUGGAGGAUUUUGUAGAUGAUGACAAUAGCCGGCCAUACACGUACCAGAAGGGAAAAAAGUCAAAGAACCCAGGCAAGCAUAUUUCUUUCAAACAAAGGACAGGUGCUUUCAUGGAACCAUUCACGCUUGAUGUCUUCAUCUCAAAGCGCUUUGUUUCGGCCUCAAUCACACACAGAGUCACUUGCAAGCAGGUCGCGGUCGCAGGUACAAAUUCAAAGGAUAUAAAAGCAAUGCUGAAAUCAAGGAGUGACAUACCCGCGUGUUUGUCCGUUGGACGGAUUUUGGCUGACAGGGCAAGAGAAGCUGAUGUGUAUACCACUGCUUACACUCCCCGUGAUAGUGACAAAUUUGAAGGUAAAAUCAGGGCUGUCGUUCAGUCCCUCAUUGAUAGUGGCAUUGAUGUCAAAGUGUACCUCGACUGACCAGAUGAAACAUUUUGCCUCUAAUUUCAUUCUAAUACUGUUUUUAAUGUUCAGAAGAAUACAUUAAUUUGGUGAUUGUCAUUGUGUUUUACUGUCUUUAGACUUUAGAGAGCUUUUAGCUGAGUGAAUAUCUAAGCAGAAAAAAAAACUACACACAUCGAUAUAACCGUUUUGAGUUUUGACAGUAUCAUUUGAGCCACUGCCAGGCUGCCU